AGCGGAUUCCCGAGGCCGAGGUGGUGGUUCACAUCCACGAGCGGGAGGCCAUCGGGAGCUACAGGAUCUUGGAGCUUCCGGGACAGGAGGUGUCCAUGGGGUACCCCGGAGCUACAGUGUUCGAAGAGCGACGACGCGCCGGUGAAGUGUGGGUUAAGUAUGUCCAUAUAGACCCGCCCGACGGAUCCGGACAAGGCGUUGACGGUGUUUUCGUCUUUGCGUAUGCGAUUCGGACGCGGCAAGAUGGCGGAGAAAUCCAGCGAGAAAACGACCACUUCGUCCAUAGCUUCUGCCCCGAGGAGAUGGUGAGGAUGCCGACGCACUCGGUGUUCGUCCUCGAUGUGUCCCUCUCGAUGAAGGGGCAGCAGUUCGAACACAUGAAGGAAGCCGUCGACACCAUGCUCGGGGAACUGCGCUCGGAGGACACGUUCGAGCUGCUGGUGUUCUCCGCGGACGUGAAGAGCCUGGGGCUGUUCAACGGCACUCGCUCGCACAAGAAGAAGGUCAAGAGAAUGAUGAAGAGGCUCGAACCGAUGGGCAACUCGUACCUGAACCCGGCGUACCACGAGGCGCUCCGGAAGGCCACUGCUUACGACAGGAAGAAUGUGGCCAGGAAGGUGGUGAUGGUGAGCGAUGGCUGGGGCACCCUUGGCCAGACUGACCCGGAGGUGAUCCGCGCCACGCUGCGAGCUGCCAAUACUUUCAGCAUACCCAUCUUUGGGGUGGUUUUCGGGCCCGAUGCCGACCUCAGACUGAUCGAGCAGGUGAGCGCGGACAGCGGCGCGUGGGCCCUGCGAGUGCACCCUCACUCCGACGUGAAGGCCCAAGUGCGCAGGUUCUUCCAGGAGAUCUCGUCGCCUCUGUUGGUGGGCGUGGCUAUGUCCUACCCGCAAGAGCAGCUCUAUGGGGAGCUCUUGGUUCGGCGGGAAAAUUCAAACUACUUUUACUCAGGCAGCGAGAUGGUCACCGCCGGCGUCUUGGUUCCGAAUACCCCCGACUUCCACCCUGUAGUGACGGGACGAGGGCGUUUCGGGCCGGUACGACUCGAGGUGACCCGAAUCGACUCCCGGUACCAAAAUAUCCCGAUGGGAGGUGUUGGUAUCGUCUCCAGAAUUUGGGCUUACCUCAAAGUGCAGGACCUCUUGGAGAAAAUGGCCGCUUCGGAGGACCCAUCUGUCAUCGUGAGACUGCACUAUACCCUACAGGACUUGGCCACGAGGAACCAUUUCGUGACUGAGUACACGCCCUUGAUGGUGAUGCUUCCCAACCUCGGCUAUGAACUGGUCUACCCGCAGAAGGCCCACAAGAGACACAAGAACGAUUACUCGUACGGACAGGGGCCGAUUAACAAGACCUUUGUCGUCGGCGAUCCCAACUUCAUCGUCCACACUCGAGGAAUCCGCCUGCCCUUCUGCUUCGAUUACCACGGUUACAACGGAGCUUACUUGAGCCUGAUCCAGGACCCUUAUACAAAUAUCAUCGUAAACGGGGAGGUCACAUCGGCGUCACACAACCCGGACCGCACAUACUUCUCGGCGCUGUUCUUCGCUCUCGGUCAGAUCAACGUGACGGUGACGCGAGAUCGGAUCCACAUCGACUGCCUGGGAGAAAACCGUGUGCCUCAGGUUAACUUCAUGAAGAAAAGCCUGUAUCCCUUCUACGACAAGAAGGGCAGACCUUACGAACGAAAGGAUAAGAAAAACGGUAAGAAGAGGAGGAAGAAGCACAAGAAGAAGCCCGAAUUAAGAAGGGGAAUCAACCUGUCGAAACAAUGCAACCACGAGACUUCUUGGGACAAGGGAAUGGCCCGUCUAUAUGGCACAGCGAUGAUCCUGAAGAAGCAAGACAGCAAGCACCUUGACGUGAUUCUGGGCGACGGAGAGGCUCACUUCGCCGUCACCCGCUCGACGAACCCCGACGGCCAGGCUUACCUCGGGUUCUACGUGGAAGGGCAGAAGAUUCUGUCGCCGCAAGCCCAUGGGAUCAUUGGUCAGUUCAACAACAAAACCAUUGAGAUUUUACCCACUGAGGCGGCACGUUGUGGUGAUGUAAGCAGUAGCGCUUUCAUUCGAGUGCAGAGACGCAACCCACAAGGAGGAUUCGAAACUUCCCACGUGUGCGGCGAGCGAGGCAGUCGACACUCGGUCCUGAGCGGAAGGGACGUCGAGUGCAUCAACGUCUCAGACAUGGGCUCAGGCCUCUUGGAUCGACGCAGAUACGACCUUCAGUGUCUUGGCUGCGCGGCCAGUCUGACUUAGGACUUGUGAAUUAGCAGAUCUUGUCUCCGUGUGUGUGUGUUGCGUCCCAGGACUGCCAGAUGCGCGGAAGAAUACAUACGUCAGAGGAAUAUAUUGAGCUUUAAAAGAAACAACUUAAUGUGAAUAGAAUACUAGACCUAUGUAGAAGAAUGAUUUCGGACCAUAUUUUGUGUAAGAAAUAUAGUUUUCAUGAACACUUGUUGCUAUACACCAAUUUUUCUUUUCUUCUUUGUAUCAAGUAUUCUUCUUUGCCACUUCUUCCAUUUUCCUCCUUCUCGAAUAUUCAUUCUUCUCUUCUUUUUUAACGACUUUGUUUUGGUAAACAGGAUAACAAAAAUGUAUAUUAUCCAUUAUGAAAUGAGAUGUGUGUGUGUGUGUGUGUGUGUGUGUGUGUGUGUGUGUGUGUGUGUGUGUGUGUGUGUGUGUGUGUGUGUGUGUGUGUGUGUGCGUGUGUGGUGCGCAUGCAUUGUGUGAGCAUUGGAGAGUGUUUUGUAAAGAUGAAAGUUUUUGAGCUUUUCAUGACAAUCUUAGGUUUAUAAGUCUUCACUCGUCACUUAAUCGUUUUCAGCAACCGACAUCGAUCUUUAUUUUGUAAUUUAAUGUAUAAUAGGAUAUAAUAUAAUUAGUAACUAGUAGAGAGUGAAUGUUACUGUAUCAGUAGAAUGCAUAUAAUACACUACGUCUCAAAAGUCAAUUUGUCCUUGACUUCAGUUUGUAUUAUUAAUUGUGUAACGACGGGGAAAAAAUGUCACUAAUCUCAAAAGAAAUACUGUAUCGAUUAACCCUAAAAGUUCUCGCCCACUAAAAAUGAGGCCAAAUCACGCCAUACUGUUAUAAAUCGAGCGCCAAAGCAGCGUUGAGUUCUUUCCUUUUUUCGCCAUUUUCUUCUCUGAUACAAUUGAAAUCCGUUUACUGUUGUUUCUCACUUUUCGAUCAUAUAUUUAAGACUUCCUUCACUGUAAUGUGAUAAAUAAUUAUCUAAAUCGCCUGUAUGUCAAGCUGUCUCAGCUAAUUCCUCCUCAACAGAGGAAAUGUUAUUUUAAGAUAUAAGAAAUAUAAAGCGUCUAUAAAUUGCAAGAAGUGACGGUGGACAUGAGCAAAGCAGAAAUAUAUAAGAGCAUUAUCUUUAGCGUGGAACAAGGACAAAACAAGUGAUCCACGUUGUUGUUCCACUAGUUACUACUAUGCGAUGAUGGGGCAUAAACUUUUCUUACAUCAGAAUAUACAGGUACAAUCUUUCUUCGGCUUCAUUUUUAGAACUUGGGAAUCAAUCCAGUCGUUGUUUUGUCAUUAGUGGAUUCAGUUUAAGGUGUAAAAUUUAUCCUAAAUAUUAACUCGUGUACAGUAUACAUUUCUUCGGUUUCAUAACAAUAAACCAUAAAGAAAGAGUGUA